AACUUUGUUCUUGUCAUUAAUUUUUAAGUGGUGUAGUGGCGUAUGGUGUAGCAACCCCGUUUUCUUUUCGCGAGAGUUCGUUUCAAUUUUCUAUCCAAGUUUCAAUCUAUAGAAGUACAAGUACAAUCUUAUUAUUUAUAAUUAUAUACUCUUUGGCUCUUUGGUCUGAACUGGAAUAAUGGCGGCUAUGUCCCCGUCGGAGCGGAGAUUACAAAAAGAGCUCAUGGCUCUAAUGAAAGAGCCUCCUGCAGGUGUUACAGUCGACGGAGACCAAGCUAGUCAAAAUUUAACAUUAUGGACAAUUCACAUGGAAGGAGUUCCUGGUACAUUAUAUGAAGGAGAAAAAUUUGUACUUCAAUUUAAAUUUACAAAUAAAUAUCCAUUUGAUUCACCAGAGGUGACGUUUGUGGGUAAUAACAUCCCGGUACAUCCACAUGUCUACUCCAACGGGCAUAUCUGUCUGUCCAUUCUGACAGAUGACUGGUCUCCCGCGCUCUCCGUGCAAUCCGUCUGCCUCUCCAUUGUCUCCAUGCUUAGCAGUUGCAAGGAAAAGAAACGGCCGCCUGACAAUUCGUUUUAUGUCAAAACUUGCAGUAAAAAUCCUAAGAAAACGAAAUGGUGGUAUCAUGACGAUUCAGUAUAAAUCCAAAAGCGGCGCUGCUGUUUCGAGCAAUGGACGUUUAAAUCUCAAUAUGUGAUAAGAGUUACGAUACAAAAUGGUUUAACAUGAAAUGUUAUGUAUAUACUGUGUGUACUGUGCGAGUCCCCGCGGUCUGCGUCUGCGCAUACCACCACGCGCAAUCCGCGCAUCUGCGCAUCCCGCAACACCGGACUGCAUAAAUUGUAACCCCCAACAGCCGGCCGCUUUUGUAUAAUUAGACAAUUGUUUAUUUACACUAAAUCUACCUAAAAUGAAGAGAAAUUUAUAAAUUAAUAAGGGAAUUUCAACUAUUAUUAUGUGUGUGGAUGUCAUUGAUUUCUUCAGAUAGCUGCGUAGGAAAUAUGUUUAGACUAAAUAUAACAUUUACCAUCAAUAUGCCCUAAAAGUUCACUCCUCUAUGUAACAAUAUCGAAACUUACUGUUUUAGGAUAUUUUUAAUCUAUGACAAUUUUAGUUACGUUCAGAUAUUGAAUGAUUUAAAAUGUUUCAUUUCUCAUAAAUAUUAAAUAAGAUAAAAUUAGCGCAAGAACUAAAUUUCUUUACACUUAGUUAAUAAACCGUCCAUUUUUGUGUCCUUUUAUAGUAAUUUAUGUAACAAAUCAAAUAUUUGUCAUGUCAUAAAUGAACAUUCGUGGGAAAUUUGACAUGAAAUAGGGUUGCCAUUUACAAUUAAUCAAUGUUUUUUUUCUUUUAAGGCAUAGAGAAGUGAAACACUAGUUUAAUUUCAACUCGCACAAAAUUUAAAAAUAUCGAUUCUUAGCGUUUUUUUAUCACAAAAGCGGCCGGUUCAUACGGGCUCGGUUUUUUACUGUGCUAAAUUAUAAAAUACAUUGUAAGUAGCGUAAUAGGUUAUAAAUAAAAUGGUACUGCUUAUCUUAUAACUUUACGAAUAAAUUAUCAGUCAACUUAUUUGUAUAUAUAAUUUUUAUAGAUUUAUUUGUUUGUCGCAUUUUUUUUUCUUAAAUAUCGAUGUUUUUGAAUCGAUUUAUUAAUUUAAUCAAUUUGUAACCCUCACAUUUAUCACAAGUUUAGGUAAAUGCGUAUUAUUUACACCAAAUUAAUAAUUUUAUGGACAUUUCAUAUGAUGACUUAAUAUUUAAAGUUCGCCUAAGGCAUAGUUUUGUUACACAAUGAUAAAAAAUCGCUAAAAACUUCAAGCUGCAAAUGCUUAUUUCUAUUCAUUUAAAAUCACUGUCAAAUAUAACAUAACUAUUAUCUAUAUUUAUGCAAAUAAAAAGACAAACACAAGGAUUUCAGUAAAAAAUAAAGCAUUCUAAGUUGUAAAUUUGAUGGCAAUUUGUGAAGUUCUGGGAUGAAAAGUUCCUAAACUAGGUUUAUAUUUAGACCAUAAAUAUGUCAUGCAUGUGUGAUAAUCAUAUUAUCCUAAUUGGCAACUCAUAAAACUGAUGCAAAUUAAAAAAAAACGAACAUACCGGAACCUUUCAUUCUGUCUCUUUUCCAAAACCGUCUCUUUUUUUCAAUGUCACUGUCAUGUUGGAAAUGAGUCGAUCAAUUAGUUAGUCCUAUGAGAGAAAAAAAUGGAAUCAAUUUUCUUUUACCAAUAAUCUUUAAAACAUUAUCCUGGUAGAUGUCAUUUCACUGCUCUUAAAAUAACUUUGGAAACUAUGCCGAUAAAAUCUAGACUUUAGUCAUAGGUACCUUUAAUUUCAUCCCAGACGUUAAAAUAUUUGUUCAGCAACUUGAAAUAAAAAAAUUAUAAUUUAAAUUAUUUGAAUGCUUUAUAAUUAGAUUUA